GGAGACGUGUCGUAAACAGUGGCGGGCGGCAGUGUCGCGCCGCGGGCUCUUCUCGGUUCGUAGCGCCCGCCCUGGCGCAGUGAGGGCUGCGGCCGACAGGAGCCGCCCGAACGGCAGCAGCAACAGAAAGGAGAAGAGGGGCGAGGGCCCGAGGCCUGCGUAGGCCUCUCACACACACACUCUCUCGCUCUAUCUCGGCCGUCAACACCGACAAGAUGGAGAGCACCGAGGAGGAUAUAUGUCGAGUAUGUCGUUCAGAAGGAACCCCAGAUAAGCCACUUUACCAUCCUUGUGUGUGCACUGGCAGUAUCAAAUUUAUCCAUCAAGAGUGUUUAGUUCAGUGGCUCAAACACAGCAGAAAAGAAUACUGUGAAUUAUGCAAACACAGAUUUGCUUUCACACCAAUUUAUUCUCCAGAUAUGCCAUCCAGACUUCCAAUCCAGGAUAUUUUUGCAGGACUGGUUACAAGUAUUGGUACAGCAAUAAGAUACUGGUUCCAUUACACAUUGGUGGCCUUUGCAUGGCUGGGAGUUGUACCCCUCACAGCAUGCCGUAUCUACAAAUGCUUGUUUACUGGCUCUGUGAGCUCACUGUUGACACUGCCACUAGAUAUGUUAUCCACAGAGAAUCUGCUGGCAGACUCUUUGCAAGGUUGUUUUGUGGUAACAUGCACACUCUGUGCGUUCAUUAGCCUUGUGUGGUUGCGAGAACAAAUUGUGCACGGUGGAGCACCACAGUGGCUGGAACAAAACCAGGCCCAACCGCCCAAUGGAGUUGGACAAAAUGAGCCUCCAGCAGCUCCCAAUGCUGCAGCUGAGAACCCCCAAGCUGCUCAACCAGCCAACCAGGCAGCAGAAAACCCAGCAGCUGGUGCUGCUGGGGUAGCUCCUGUAGAAGCUGAGAAUGCCAAUGUUCGGGUAGACGAGGGUGAGAAUGAGGAUGAUGAAAAUGAUGAUGAAGAUGAUGCUGUAGUAGAAGAUGGAGCUGAUGCCAACAAUGGUGCUCAAGAUGAUAUGAAUUGGAAUGCAUUGGAAUGGGAUAGAGCUGCAGAAGAGCUUACAUGGGAGCGGAUGCUAGGAUUGGAUGGUUCCCUUGUAUUCCUGGAGCAUGUUUUCUGGGUGGUUUCAUUAAAUACGCUGUUUAUUCUUGUGUUUGCAUUUUGUCCGUACCAUAUUGGACACUUCUCGGUUGUUGGUUUGGGCUUUGAGGAGUAUGUUCAAGCUUCACAUUUUGAAGGCCUGAUAACAACUAUAGUGGGCUAUGUACUCCUGGCUAUGACUCUGAUAAUCUGUCACGGCUUGGCUGCACUGGUGAAGUUCCAACGAUCCCGACGUUUAUUGGGCGUUUGUUAUAUUGUUGUGAAGGUGUCCUUGCUGGUAGUUGUGGAAAUUGGUGUUUUCCCUCUGAUAUGCGGCUGGUGGCUUGACAUCUGUUCACUCGAAAUGUUUGAUGCUACAUUGAAAGACAGAGAGCUGAGUUUUCAAUCUGCGCCUGGAACCACAAUGUUCCUCCACUGGCUGGUGGGGAUGGUCUAUGUGUUCUACUUCGCAUCUUUCAUUCUUCUACUCAGAGAGGUGUUGAGACCAGGUGUCUUAUGGUUUUUGAGAAAUCUGAAUGAUCCAGAUUUUAAUCCAGUCCAAGAGAUGAUUCAUCUACCUAUUUAUAGGCAUUUCAGACGCUUUAUAUUGUCUGUGAUUGUCUUUGGCUCUAUUGUCCUCCUUAUGCUUUGGUUGCCAAUUCGUAUUAUUAAGACUGUACUCCCUGAUUUUCUACCAUACAAUGUAAUGCUUUACAGUGAUGCCCCAGUCAGUGAACUGUCUCUAGAACUUCUGCUACUGCAAGUUGUAUUGCCAGCUUUACUGGAGCAAGGACACACUCGACAAUGGUUGAAGGGUCUGGUCCGAGCUUGGACAGUCUCAGCUGGAUAUUUGCUGGACCUCCAUUCAUACUUGCUCGGAGACCAGGAGGAAAAUGAGAACAAUGCGAACCAACAGGCAAACAAUAACCAGCAAGCUCGCAAUAACAAUGCCAUCCCUGUAGUAGGGGAAGGACUUCAUGCAGCUCACCAGGCCAUACUGCAGCAGGGUGGGCCUGUCGGCUUUCAACCCUAUCGGAAGCCUUUACAGUUUCCUGUGAGAAUUCUACUACUGGUAAUUUUAAUGUGUGUGACGCUGUUGAUUGCCAGUCUCAUCUGUCUCACUUUACCAGUUUCAGCAGGCCGUUGGAUUAUGUCAUUUUGGACUGGGAGUGCCAAAAUCCACGAGCUAUAUACAGCCGCCUGUGGAUUGUAUAUCUGCUGGUUGACUAUACGAGCAAUUACAGUGUUAGCAGCAUGGAUGCCACAGGGGCGAGAUGUUAUUUUUCAGAAACUAAAAGAAUGGUCCCUCAUGAUCGUUAAGACACUAGUUGUGGCUUUGCUUCUAGCUGGAAUGGUACCUCUUCUUUUAGGACUCUUGUUUGAACUAGUUAUUGUCGCCCCCUUGAGGGUCCCUCUGGAUCAGACACCACUCUUUUACCCAUGGCAGGAUUGGGCUCUUGGUGUUCUCCAUGCUAAAAUAAUUGCUGCUAUAACACUGAUGGGACCUCAGUGGUGGCUGAAAACUGUCAUUGAGCAGGUCUAUGCAAAUGGAAUUCGAAAUAUUGAUUUGCAUUUUAUAAUUUGCAAACUUGCAGCACCAGUUAUUGCGGUGCUGCUGUUAUCACUCUGCCUGCCAUAUGUCAUAGCUGCUGGAAUUGUACCCCUACUGGGUGUAACUACUGAGAUGCAGAACUUAGUCCAGCGUCGAAUUUAUCCUUUGCUUCUCAUGGUUGUGAUACUGAUGGGGGUCCUAUCCUUCCAAAUCCGACAGUUCAAGCGCCUCUAUGAGCACAUUAAAAAUGACAAGUAUCUUGUUGGUCAACGGCUUGUUAACUAUGAGCGAAGGACGGGUAAACAAACCAUGACGGCAUCGUCACCUUCUGAAGAGUAGUGGAUGUUGACUGACCCUGCCAUCCCUCCUGUGUGCUCUUCCUCCUCCUCCUGCCCGCCCCCUUCUCUUCCCAUCUUCACAUGCAAUUUUUGCUAAUGUCCAGCAAAAAGAGCCCAAUAUUGUCCUGUUUUCUUCCCCAGUGUUGUUGAUGAUAACUGUAUAUGUGUAAAUAGAAUGAACAUUCUGAGCCCCUUAAAGAUAAAUGAAUGUGCAUUGUAAAUCUUAAAAUAUGUAUAUUAAUUUAUUAAAUGUAGUCAUCACUUUAUUUGAACUGUUGUCCUACAUUUUGAGAGUGACAAUGGCACAGAAGCAAUACAGUGAAGAUGUGUUUGAAGACUUCAUGAGCUCACUUUUUUUAAAAAAAAAUGUUCAUACUGACUGGUGUAUUAAUACUCUGAAAUAAGAAUAACUCUUUAACAGGGAAAAGCAAAACAAACCUAUCAGUGCAUUAUACCAAUUACAUUUCUCUAUAUGAUUUGUCAUCUUAACGCAAUAGUCAUACUUAAAUAGCAUGACCAUUUUAAAAUUUGUUUGGAAGAAAAUCCUUUUGAGAUCAACAGUAUUGCAAUCUAUAGUAGAGCAUUAUACUGGUAAUACCUCCACAGAAGCUCUUUAUAGGUUGAUGUAUAUUUGACAACAAUAUAUUGUUCUCCCUAAAAUCUCCAUACAGAUGUAAUUCAGAAGUAUCUCUGUUUUGAAAUCUCUGAUGCCAUACCUUCAUUUGCUGUCUUUUCAGCAGUGUAAAGAACAUUUUUGGUUAAGAUUCAGGCUGUCUAGCUCAGGCGGUGACAUGACACCUUGUAAUUCAUGGUACCCACACUUUGCUAAAAAUUAGAUAUCUGAAAGAUUUUAAUCUAUGAUCUUCAUUCCAUAAACGCCAAGCACUGUGAAUCAGUGUGUUCAUUGAGUUUAUAUUCUGCAGAAUAUAACAGUGAGCAGCUGGUGAUACUACCUUUACUCCUGGUGGACUAGGGUGUAUUUCACAUAAGACUAUGUGUGUGUGAGGUGUAGAGAACAUUUCAUUUUGAACUUAAUUGUUAAAAGACAUGCUUAAAAACAAUUUGUCACUUUAAAACUAUAUCUUACUAGGUAAUGAAAUCUAAUAUUGGCUAGAUCUGGACACUAGUUAAUACAGUUUUCCCAAAUUUGAUUAUAUUUGUUCUUAUAUUUUAAAAGAAUCUGCCAAAAUGACGUGUAUACAAGCUAUUGUUUAAUCUACAACUUUAUUUUCACUGCAAGUACUAGUGAAAAGAUGAUGCAUUAUCAAAAGAUGAAAAAUUAUUUUUUAAAUAUUAUACAAUGCAGCUGAUUUAAACGUGUAACUGCACUUGUGUGCAACCAUAUUAUGCAGCCUACCUACAGUAAGCACCCAAUACUAAUGAAAUCUUGCAAUACUGAUGAGUUAAAAUUUCAAAAAUGAUAAAGUCCAAGUUCAUUUCCUCUAAGCCAAACUUUUUUUCAGUGAAUCAACCCCAGCACUUUCAGGUGUGUGCACGAAAUGAUUUCAUUAUCAGCCAGAGGCGCACAAGCCUUUUGUAAAGGAAUUAUUCCUUUUCUUAGUUCAGAUCGUCCUUGACCAUUAGAGCAGAUGAGUUUCAGCAUCAGCUACUUAGUCUAGCCUCUGUUGGAGGCUCAAUAAGUCAACUAAUAUUGUGAUUCAGAUUAAAACUUCCCAGUCAGCAAUCCAGCGCUCUAUCAACUCACUACUGACUUCUCAAUGAAUGUCAUUUUUGUGAACUUUGUUCUUUUCUUAAGGACAAUAUCAUGUCAGUUUCCUGAUUUCAAAACAACUUGUCUUGAAGAUGUAAACAAUUGAAAAGUGAGUUCAUGCAGUAAAGAGUAGGUUCACCCUUUUGCUGCUUGCACAGAAUUGCUUAUCCUGUUGAUCAUGGGCUAUCUUCUCAGUUCAGAGCUGCAUGAGUAUAAAUCUAAUUGAAAUAGUUGUCAGUACAAGUACUGGUCUUCAUUGCUUUUCCUUGUGAUAGCAUUUGGGAGGGUCUGUUGAGGUGAGGAGAUGUUACCAUGGUGUUUUUAAGGGGGAGGGGGUGAACUGUUUUAGUUUCCAUAAUUUUGCCAUGCUUCUAAUAAGCAUGUGUCUGCAAUGUAAUGUUUGCGGAUGUUGCUGACCACCUGAAAAUUUGUCCAAUUUGUAUUUUGUAUCUGGAUUGGAAUGAUUUUUCCAGCCGAUCAAAGAAAGCAAACCUCAGCACUGGUGAACAAAUGAAGAUGACUUCUGGGAUGUACUGAAAUGUCAACUGUAAAUGUAAUUUUUAUUUUAACAUUUAAUACAGAUAUUAAACUAUUCUGGAAAAUUUUUGUAUUUACAAAGGUGACAUUUAGGAUGGUAUCAUAAAACCUUUAAUAUAA